AUGUUCAUUGGUGGCCUCAAUUGGGAAACAACUGAUCAAUCCUUGCAUGAAUACUUCUCACAGUUCGGCGAAGUCCAAGAAUGCACAGUCAUGAGAGAUGGCGCCUCUGGCAGAUCUCGAGGCUUCGGCUUUUUGACAUUCAAGGAUCCUAAAGUCGUCAAUACUGUCAUGGUCAAGGAACAUUUCCUAGACGGCAAAAUUAUCGACCCCAAACGGGCCAUCCCACGAGACGAACAGGAAAAGACCUCCAAGAUAUUUGUCGGAGGUGUUUCGCAGGAAGCUACUGAAGACGACUUCACUGCAUACUUUGCACAAUUCGGGAGAGUCGUCGACGCGACCUUGAUGAUGGACAAAGAUACUGGCCGACCACGAGGCUUUGGAUUCGUUACGUUCGAUAGUGAGGCUGCAGUUGAACGAGUGUUGGAGCAUUUUCCAUUAGAGAUUAUGGGCAAGGCAAUCGAAGUAAAGAAAGCUCAGCCACGUGGCAAGAUGGGCGAGGAGGAGCAUGACCAGCGAGGAAACCGCAAGGGUAAGUUCGGCAGGGAUCAAGGUUUUGACAACCAACCACAACAACAAGUCCAACCAAUGCAGAAUCAAAACAUGAUGGGUCAGAGCGGUAUGACUCCUCAGAUGAUGGCUCAGUAUUGGCAAAAGAUGCAACAGUGGCUCGCCAUGAUGCAACAGAUGCAACAAGCCACCAUGGGCGGCAUGGGCAACAUGGGAGGUAUGGGACAGAUGAACCCUCAGAUGAUGGCACAGAUGCAGAACAUGCAAGGCGCUGGGAUGCAAAACAUGACUCCUCAGAUGCAACAACAGAUGAUGCAAAUGAUGCAGAUGCAGAACGGCAUGAAUAUGGGUAACCAAAAUGGUGGUGGAGUAGGAGGCGGUCGAUCUGGCUUUUCAGCAGCUGAACAGCUCGCGUUUGAGCAACGAAAGUAUGAGCAACAAGCAUCCCGGAAGUCCAGCGGCUUUCAAGGUCGAAACAACAGCCAGAACCAAGGUGGACCACAAUCCUGGGAAGGCAUGUAUGACGGCGAGCCUCAGCCUGAUGGUGGUAGUCAAAAUGGACGAGCUUCUGUCGGAGCAGUGAGACACAAUACACCUCAAGGCAAUCGACCUCCUAAAGGACCAACACCACAGCCUCAAAGCAACGCUCCUGUUGGUGCUCCAACUGGCCCAAAGAAUGCCGGCAAGCCUGGGUCGAACUUUCGGGGCGGACGAGGUGGUGGCCGUUACCAUCCUUAUGGUCGUUAG